AAUAUCACUAAUGUGGUUUUCAGUCAUUUAAUCCCCCAUGUCCAGACAACCAGGGGCGUCACUCUUUUUGUGAGUCUUCUUGAUAACGAGGGACGAUACGAGACGAAACGAGACAAAACGAGACGAGAGUCGAGACAAAUUUCGCUCAAGCUCUCACCCACUCUCUCCCUCUCACUGCAUUACCUCAGUCACUGCAUUUCUCGGUCAGCUCCUCUGCUUCACCUUUUCUGUUCAAGCUUUUUGACAUGCUGGAUCUUUUCCGGCUCCGGUCUUGCCGUUUCUGAGCUGCAUUUCGUUGAGCUAAAAUCAUUUUUGUUCUUCUUCCACCAUGUCGGACCUUGAGGCUCCUCUUCGACCCAAGAGGAAGAAGAAUUGGGUAGACUACUUUGUUAAGUUUCGAUGGAUCAUCGUUAUCUUUGUUGUCCUUCCUAUCUCCUUCAGCAUCUACUUCCUCACCUAUCUUGGAGAUGUCAGAUCAGAGUGCAAGUCCUUUAAAAGGCGUCAAAAGGAACAUGAUGAGAAUGUCAAGAAAGUUGUGAACCGCCUCAAGCAAAGGAACCCAUCGAAGGAUGGUCUUGUCUGCACAGCCCGUAAGCCCUACAUUGCUGUUGGCAUGCGGAAUGUUGACUAUAAGCGGGCACGGCAUUUUGAGGUUGAUCUCUCAGAAUUUCGAAACAUCCUUGAUAUUGACAAAGAGCGAAUGAUUGCAAGGGUUGAGCCUCUAGUCAACAUGGGCCAGAUCAGUAGGGCAACAGUUCCAAUGAACCUCUCUCUUGCUGUGGUUGCAGAGCUUGAUGAUCUCACUGUUGGAGGCCUCAUCAAUGGCUAUGGAAUUGAAGGGAGUUCCCACCUCUAUGGUCUCUUCUCUGAUACUGUUGUGGCAUAUGAGAUUGUUCUUGCAGAUGGGAGGUUAGUCAGAGCGACCAAAGACAAUGAGUACUCUGAUCUCUUCUAUGCAAUUCCAUGGUCUCAGGGAACACUGGGGCUUCUUGUUGCUGCAGAGAUCAAGCUCAUACCUGUUAAAGAAUACAUGAGGCUGACCUACAAACCGGUUGUGGGUAAUCUAAAGGAGCUUGCACAAGCAUAUAUAGAUUCAUUUGCACCACGAGAUGGAGAUCAGGACAACCCUGAGAAGGUUCCAGACUUUGUAGAAACCAUGAUUUAUUCUCCCACUAAAGCUGUUUGCAUGAUUGGGAGAUAUGCCUCCAAGGAAGAGGCAAAGAAGAAGGGAAAUGUGAUUAACAGUGUUGGGUGGUGGUUCAAGCCCUGGUUCUACCAGCAUGCUGAGAAGGCUCUGAAGAAGGGGGAGUUUGUGGAAUACAUUCCUACACGGGAGUACUACCAUAGGCAUACAAGGUGUUUGUAUUGGGAGGGAAAACUGAUUCUACCAUUUGCAGAUCAAUGGUGGUUCAGGUGGACCUUGGGGUGGAUGAUGCCUCCUAAGGUUUCUCUUCUGAAGGCUACUCAAGGUGAAGCAAUCAGGAAGUAUUACCAUGAGAUGCAUGUGAUCCAGGACAUGCUUGUUCCAUUGUACAAGGUCGGGGAUGCACUAGAGUGGGCACACCAUGAAAUGGAGGUAUAUCCAAUUUGGCUCUGUCCUCACAGACUGUACAAACUUCCUGUUAAAACUAUGGUCUAUCCUGAACCUGGUUUUGAGCUACAUCAUAGACAGGGAGAUACAGAAUAUGCUCAAAUGUACACAGAUGUUGGCAUCUACUAUGCCCCAGGGCCCGUUUUGAGGGGUGAGGAAUUUGAUGGGGCAGAGGCUGUCCGUCGGAUGGAGAACUGGUUGAUUGAAAACCAUGGCUUCCAGCCACAGUAUGCUGUGUCUGAGCUGAGUGAGAGGAACUUCUGGAGGAUGUUUGAUGCUGAGCUCUAUGAGCAUUGCCGAAAGAAGUAUGGAGCUGUUGGGACAUUCAUGAGUGUUUACUACAAGUCAAAGAAAGGCAGGAAAACUGAGAAAGAGGUGCGCGAAGCUGAGCAAGCUCAUCUAGAGACAGCUUAUGCUGAGGCUGAUUAACAAAGCACAGAUUGAUUAGCACAUUUAGAAUUUCUUUUUGGAGUUCCUGAUGUUCCAGUUUUCGUCUUGCUUCUGAUUGUCUAAUUGCUACUCUUGUGACAUUUUUUGAGCAUUUAGUUCAAUCUCAGUUAGAUUAGACUUUGCUUAGACAAUUUGGUUAUCUGUUUCCUGUUUCUUUAUAUGUGGGCAAGCAGGUAUUACUAGGAAUGGUUCUUGCUGUUGGUUACAGGACUAGGAAUUCUCGUUGCCCGUGAAAUUUGCCCCUGGGAUGUAAA